AUGGGGAACACACCUGCGAAGGAAGUAAGACCAGCUUCUUCAACAUAUAACGGUGCACACAAAUCAGAGCAUGAUCUUUUCCUUAGCGAUAUCGAGGAUAUCGGGCUUGCAGGACUAAGCCGAAAGAAAAAAGAGAAGGAAAGAGAAAGGCGUAAACGUCGAGAGGAGCAUCUAUUAAAUUUGAUUGUAAGGUACGAGGAAAAUGUUGAUGGGGGUUACCUUGCUCCGUAUGGCAAUUAUAAAUAUAACCUUUCCUAUAAAACCCAAGUGGUCAGGGAUUUAAUAAUUGAGAGACAACUAGCCCCUUUCUAUACCCCCUUGGAAGACUAUGAUAGCAGAUGGCCCGAUAGGCAAUUGCUUGCACAUAUUCACCUAAUGAAUCUACAUGCAACGUGUACACCAGAGGAUCUUGAGGAUGAAGAGGAAGAUCCGGAUGAGCACAAGAUUUACCAGUCUUUGAGUUCCAUAAGAAGGCAUGAAAACAAACUAUUCAGGAAACGGCUGAAGGAAAGAGCGGUAGAGAUGCAAAACAGCUCCAAUGAUAAGUAUAGACGCGAUAAAAUGACACAACAAGGUGGAAUAAGAAAAUUUCCGAACAUUCCCUCUGACAGUCUGUUGCUUAGGUUGUAUAAGGGUGCUGAAGAAUGCCCAAUUUGUUUUCUAUACUACCCCAAAAAUUUGAACAUGACCAGAUGUUGCUCGCAGCCUAUUUGCACGGAAUGCUUUGUUCAGAUGAAGCGUCUUGAUCCACAUGUUCCACAUGAAGAAGGAUCAUCUGCUCACGAGUCUGCACCAGAUGCAGAAUCUUCAGCUGCGAAUGCAGAUGAUUUUGUUAGUGAGCCUGUCAAGUGUCCCUUUUGUGCAAUGCCGGACUUUGGUGUGAUCUACGAGCCCCCAGAAUUUAGAUCUGGCAUUGGUGGGGUUUCACCAUCAGAAUAUAAGGCAAAAGAGGCCACGAUAAAGGAAGAUGAAACUGUCAGCACUGAAACUAAAAUUCAAUCCGGUGUCCAUGAGGCACGCCAUAGUCAAAAACUAUCUUCGGCUUUAACGAAGACUCGUAAGAGGAGGGGAUCGUUACCUCCUAAUGCACCUGGUGUGAUUACAAUCGAUACAAUUUAUCCGGAUUGGGAGCAACGGCUUCUUAAUGCUAGAACAAAGGCUGCAAGACGCUCUGCAGCAGCUACAGCAUUACAUGCAUCAUCGCUUAUAGUGGGUGAUAGUACAGGUAGUCAUCUGGGUGGAGGAAGAUCAUCUCUGUUGAACAGGCACAAUUCAGGCUCAAGAGCUCUGAAUAGGAAAGAACAGUUGGAUAUCGAGCAAAAAAUGAUACAGGAGGCCAUGAGAUUGUCUUUACUGGAUGAAGAAGAGAGAAAAAUGAAGGAAAGAGUCAAGGAAAAGGAGAAGGAGCAGGCCAGUGAGCACGAACGACUUCGGAAUGAAGUCCACAAGGGAAAGUAA